AUGGCUCGGAAAACUGAUGUCAUUGAAGGUGCUUUUGAUAGUGGUGUCCCUAGAGAAGCUAAAACUGCUUCGUGGGAAAGUAUAGCACACGUUCUUAGAACAUCCUUUGCUGAAUCUAAACCAAGAAGUGUUGAAGAACUGAAAAAGAAAUGGAAUAAUUUGAAAACGGCAGCAAAGAAAGAUAUUGGGUUAUAUGCCAACUCACUUAAGGGGACAGGUGGUGGCCCAGCAUUUCAGCUGAAGCCACUGUACGAGAAACUUAACAUACAUGUUUUUAAGAAAAACAACCCAUGUCUGCCAGGAGAAAUAAUUCCUGGAAGCUGUGAUUCUGAGACUCUUGACGAGGAAGCUUUAAAAUCGCUGUACGACCAAGUUCAACGCCGUGAUGCAAGGCUACAAGAUAUUGGUUUUGAAGUAACAGACGAAAUGUAA